GUUGGCCGUCUGAGGGUCGCCAUCUCCCGGACCCUCGGGGUCUCACAACAGUCACUCUAAGGCUGGGCCCGGCCAUCCCUCUCCCCAGGGCCCUCCCCACGCCGCCCCUUCCAAGUCCCGCCUCGUUGCCCCUCCUCAUCCUCAUCCUCACCAGCCACCCGCCAACCAAGGGCCGCGUCUGAGGAGCUCCCCCUGCCGGCCCCGUAGGCCCCUGCACUCGCGUGUAGCUUCGGGCAGGGCCCUGGCUACUCGCAGGGAACCCACACCACGUGGGCAUCAAUUAGUACCUAGAAAUACCACUGGACACAAAUGGGCCUGAAGCCGCGCGUGCGCAGACUGAAAGCGGUGGCCGCGCCUCAGGCCCCGCCUCCCGCUGCUGCCGGAACUCACCCACCUCAUCUCAGCUCCCCCGCAAAAGCCGGGAGCCGGACCUAAGCCAAUGGGAGUGCGGGAAAAGGGGGGCGGGGCGGCUAUCCAGGGCCAAUGGACGGAGAGGUGAGGCCUACGGCUCCGAGCAGGUACCCGGAAAUCAGGUUCCUCUGGAUAAAUGAUGGGGUCAGAGGUCACAUAGAGGGCAAAGGUCAGCAAUGGCACGCUGGACAUCACGAAAACCAUUCCCGUCUCCGUGGGCAAGGUGAUCCAGACGUCUGUACUGGGAGACGACUUUGACCGCUGACCCCGAGGCGAAACGAACCAGACCCCCUAGAGUUUGGAGACGGCCGGACCACGUGACCACAUCAAGCCCCGCCCCCCAUACCUGCAAGCCCGAAAGUGACCAAUGGGCGGGGGGCGGGGCGACAGCCAGGUCAGGUGUGGGAUGCCCCGGCCCUGCCCCUAUGGAGCUGAAGGUGUGGGUGGAUGGAGUCCAACGCGUGGUCUGCGGCGUCUCAGAGCGGACCACCUGCGAAGAAGUGGUCAUCGCCCUAGCCCAAGCCCUAGGGCAGACUGGCCGCUAUGUGCUCAUCCAACGGCUCCGGGACAAGGAGAGGCAGAUGUUGCCCCAGGAGUGCCCGGUGGGGGCUCAGGCCACAUGUGGACAGUUUGCUCACGACGUCCACUUUGUCCUACGGCGGACAGGGCCCAGCCUAGCCGAACGGCCUGCCUCGGACCCCUGUCUUCCCCCAGAACGGGCCAGCCUUCCCCACAGGCCCCGGCCCCCUGCCCCCUGUGAGCCCCAUAGGGGGUGGCCCUCCCCCGCUCCAGGAAGGAGCUCCGUCCCAGCAAAGGAGAAUGUAGGAGGGGAGCUGUGGGGCCUGGAGUGCCUGGUCCAGAGCAAUGAGGCCGAGCUGGGUCAGGAGGGCUUCUGGGAAGAGGAGCUCCGGCGGGAAUUGGACCAGGAAUUGGAGCGCCAGGGCCACAUGCGGGAGUUGCAGGCCGCCACCGAGGACUGCGCCCGCCGCCUUCGGGAGCUGGAUGCUCAGGCCCGAGCCCUGGAGGAGGAGAUCCGCUGGAGGCAACAGCAACAGGAGGUGCCUGGCCCCCAGAGACCACAGGAUGAGAUGGUGGCUGCUCGGCUCCAGUGGGACCUGAAGACCCAGGCCCUGCAGAGUGAGAAGCUGGAGAGCAGCCUGGCCAUGGUGGGCCGGGCCCUGGCGGAGGCUGAGCAGAGCCUGCAGGCCCAGGCCCAAGAGGUGGAGGAGCUGAACCGAGAGCUCAGACAGUGUAACCUGCAGCAAUUCAUCCAGCAGGCUGGGCCUGUGCUGGCCCCUCGGCCCCAGGGCUCUGGCCCCAGCCAGGUGAGAGCCUUGGGAGCUGGGCACCAGGGGAACCCUAUGGGAAAUAACCCCUUUCCCAGGGCUCCCUUGACUACCCCCUGUUUGCUGCAGGAUCCUCUGGCCUCACCAACAAACCCAUCCCAAGCCUUCCCGAGAUGUCCAGCCUGAGCCCCAAAGCUCACGUAAGUCCGCUGCCCCUGUCCCUCCAGGAAGAGGACACAGAGCAGAGUCCCUGUGUGCCCACCUGUCUGGCACCUUCCUCUGCGCCUCGGGCAGAGCCGUGGCUGGCUGCUCACUUGGCCUCCUCGGCUCUCACAGUCAUCUCUCUCUCAGAAGUUGCUCACCCGAACACCGAGGCCGUGCCGAAGAUGGUCACUGGCUGGCCGGGGGACCCGCAUCCCAGCCAUUCAUGCUAUACUGGACAGAGAUGCGUGAAAGAACACUGGCAAAGACGACUUGGGCUCGCAGGGGAGGUUUGGAGCCACUCCGCCAGAGACCCACGGACAGAGGCUGCUGGCCCCACAGGCCGGCCCAGGCUUCUCUGGCUGGAUCCCUAUAGUGUGGCCAGUCAACUCCUAGCAGGAGUGGGUGAGGGCUGUCUCCUUGCUUGGGGGAAUUGAGAAGCAUCCCCCACUUCUCACUGUGUGAAUCCCCUAGAAUAAACGCACCAAAAGGAAGCUGAAUCUCUGCCCUUUGCUGUGGCCUCAG